AUGACUAAAGAUUCGCAUCCAACGUUUAUGAAAACGGAGCAUAUUCUUUGGAUGCACGUCGUGUUUUUCAUUGUUUCGCUUAUCCUUUUCGCAAUUUGUCUUUACGCUUGUCUAUUUGUCCGCUGGGUCUACAAAAGAAGGCUAAUACAGAAAUCGGAAGGAAUGAUUGAUAGAUAUCAAAAAGAAGAGCAAAUUAAACGGGAUAUUGAAAUUGCACGAAGGAAAAAAGAGUUGUUGCCACCAACUGUCAAGAAAUCCGUACGCGACAUGUUCCAAGAGGCUCCAUCGUCCCGGCGAGCCAUCGAAUUCAUAAAAAAUCAGGAAGCGUGCAUCCCUCCUCCAGUUUACAAGCAAGUUGACGAAAAUGCAGCAAUCCAACAAUCAGUGGCCAAUUAUCCGCCGCCACCGCCUUCAAUUCCCAUGCCGGCACCACCUCCAAUUCAUCCAGACCAACAAACAACGUCGAUGCAAACGUCGAUGUCUGCAACUCCAAAGGAUGCUGAAAAAAGAGACUCGCCGAAAAUUUCUAACCACCAUCAUCAGCAUCAUCAAAAACGAUCUCCGAAAAUGGUGACAAAAAUGACACAAACUGAAAGCGAUAGUCCUUCAAUGGACAGUACUCCGAUUGGUGAGUCAACCACAACCGGAAACCGAAAUUCGGGAGAGACGAUAAGCAUGGAUGAUGAGGAUGAAGUGAUAUCGGUUUAUUCUCAAGGCACCGCUAGUGACAAAUCAUUAACGGUGCCGCUGAAGGCGUCAAAUUCGAAUCCACCGCUGUUGCCAGAACCAUCUAAAAAGCAUGGGUCGAGUCCGAAAAUGCAUACAGUGUCAUUGCCAUCUCAAUUGGGAAGCGACAAACUUCUUGUAGCGAAACCGGAAUACUAUUUUCCGUACUAUGUUGAAAAAGAAGUCACUCACAGCAAAAUCCACACGUCAAAGAAUGAUUCAAAUUCGUUCGAGGACCCGAUAAUUGCAAAGUAUGGCGGCAAACACCAGCGCUCCAGAAAAUUGUACCGCAAAUAG